CACUUCCCAGCCUCUUGAACGCCUAACAAUAUCAUUGGCUGCACGCUGUGUGCUAAGAGCUGAUCUCCACCAGUGUUCUUUUUUCCUUUCAGUAGGAUGGAAUGCCUGUACAUCAAACCUGCAGCUCUAUUGGAUGAGCUGCUGUUGCCCAGGCAAUGAUUGUGACCAAACACUUGUCACAGAAGUCUGAGAGCCCGCUGCUUAAUGAGCCCUGGGAACCUGCAUCUCGGAGGAAAUAAAGCAGCUCCGAUCACAAGAGAAAAGCAUCUGGAAAGCACUUUCAAGCUGGUAAUGGAGUGAUCUACUAUCCUUUGCGGGAUCAGAGGAAGUGCUGACUUUCAUACAACAUCCCUUGAGUUGUGGACAAUGGAGGAGUUGACCAGUAACGUGGAAGGCAAGGAUGCACCUGUGAAAGCUGUAGAUGCAUCCAUGGAAGCUGAAGAUCCAGCUCUAGAAGCCAUCAGGAAGGCAGCAGAGUCUAUUGUGAAAAAUGUUAUCAGAGAUGCAAUAUACACUAUUAGACACCUGCAAAAGACAGAGGCAGUUCCAGGAAUCAAAUAUCCAGUACCAAAUAUUACAUGGAUGAAGUGCAAGGAUUUCACAGUAUUUAAUGGACUGGCACAGAUUGAGGAUUAUUUAAAAACAUGGGAGCUUCAUGAGAGCUGGCUACAUUGGACAAACUAUAUCAGCGAAGAGGAACUGGAGUAUUCCACGAGAUACUUUUACCGGGUCCGCUGGAGUAUCCCAACCUGUAGAAAGCCCAUCCCACGAGCAACAGCAUGUGUCUAUUUCGUCAUAGAGAUUUCCAAAAUCAGACCAUCAACAUUGCCUGUUGAAGUAUUCUUUGUGGUGGAGACGAAUAAGCUAAUUCACAGGCCAGGAGAGUCUCGAUUCAAAGAAAAAUGGCUCAAAGAUGUGAUUGAAAGCAAAAUAAUCAUGAUGGAGACCAUCACUUUUUAGUUCCUCUAGAAUUGUUACAAACUAAAAACUCUCUUUUAGGUUUUCUGUUAGUUUUUAUAAAUAAAAGUUGUGCAUAUCUGUA